AAUGACAAAGACUGCGUUUCAGAUCGUAUAGUGAUUUUCCCGCCAUGACCUCGGCGACGCCGUUGCAUGUCUCGGGCUCGCGGCUAAUGCAUCCCGGGGCUGACUUCAAACCGAAUCACAUUUUCAGACGGCAACAGGGGCAGAUAUAUAAUCUUCGGAGACACAUUUCAUGUCGUUCACCAGCUCUACUACAUUUUCCCAAUGGCUCCAGUCAAGAACGGCCGCCUUCUUUUCAACGAGAUCCCAACUGGUUUUCCUGAGCCAGGAAAGACCACGAUCUACGAUGAAUACCAGACCAUCGACCUCAGCAGUGCGCCCCUCAACGGCGGUGUGCUCGUCAAGAUCCUAGUCGUCAGCAUAGAUCCGUACUUGCGAGGCAAGAUGCGUGACGCCUCCAUAAAAAGCUACUCCCCCGCGUUUGUACCCGGAGAACCAAUCUCCAACCAUGGCGUUGGCGUCGUUCUCCGCUCUGAGAACGCUAACGUCAAACAAGGGGACCACCUCUAUGGUUUCUAUAACUUCCAGGAAUACGCCGUCCUGCCCAACAUCGACAAUUUCCGCAUCCUGAAGAACGAGGAGAAGUUGCCGUGGGCUGCGUACGUCGGCGUGGUUGGCAUGCCAGGCCAGACCGCGUGGACAGGUUGGAAGGAGUACGCGGCGCCGCAGAAGGACGACGUUGUCUUUGUCACCGCAGGCUCCGGACCUGUCGGGUCGUUUGUCAUCCAGCUCGCCAAGCUGCACGGUUUGAAGGUCAUCGCCUCCGCAGGCUCGGAUGACAAGGUCGCGUUCAUCAAGAGCAUUGGCGCCGACGUCGCGUUCAACUACAAGACCACGAGCACCUGGGACGUGCUGAAGGAGCAGGGGCCGAUCAAUAUCUAUUGGGACAACGUCGGCGGCGAGACGCUGGACGCCGCGCUCUUCAACGCCGCGAAAGGGGCACGCUUCAUCGAAUGCGGCAUGAUCUCACAGUACAACUCGGCGCCGUACACGCUCAAGCACCUCAUGACCAUUGUCGGGAAGGAGCUGCACCUGCACGGCUUCAUCGUCGGCACGCUCAUGCCCAAGUAUCGCGACGAGUUUUACCGGGAGGUGCCCGGGAAGGUCGCCCGCGGCGAGAUCAAGUACAUUGAGGACGCCAAGAAGGGCCUCGAGUGGGCGGGACACGCCAUCCUCGAGGUUCAGCAAGGCAAGAACCACGGGAAGAGCGUCGUAAUUGUGAACGAGGAAUGAGCCAUUGCAUAGUGCCCCAUCGUAAGUCCGUGCAAGUAGAAUCGUAUUCAAAUGUAGCCAAUAGUAUAUUACUUGGAGAUAGCUGUGCGUUUGCUCGAGCAUUCGUGAGCUUCAUUAUGCCGAGUGUAGCUAUACGACUCGAGGGCUAAGGUGUUCACUGAGCCUCGAUUUUGAGCACCUGGGAAGAACACGUACAGAGCAUAGACUGCUACGGCUUCUAGAACGGUAGCUAUAUAUGUGAUAGACUAUGGAUAUCUGGACUCUCGUCCACGUGUCAAAUUUAACGUGAGCGAUGCCAUGUGCUGACCGGGACUUGGAGAUGACGAAAGUAAUCUGUGUAAUGGCCGUGGAAGACCGUCCGCACCGUACCCCAGGUUGCCGCGGACUACGCCGCGAUGGCAGAGAGUUCGUCAUCUAUGGGUAUGGACAUGGGUCGUGUCGGCUGAGCAAGCUCAUGGGAUUUAACGGCUGCCUUCACGCUAAAGCCUAAUGCUGCGGGUCCAGCGGCUGAUAGAUAGUUUAGCAGAAAUCCAGGGGAAUGGAGGCAUGCACUAGACGCGGCCACGGGGCCCGAAAGCGUGUCGCGCGAUCGACGCGUCCUGGGUCGCGUCAUGCAACUGCGGCCGGUAGAGUGCCGCGUGCCCGCAGGAUGAAGGAAGGACAAACGGUCUUCGAGAGGUGAGAAAUUGCAUGGGUGGCAGGCGAGAGGGCUGGAGAGGCUGGACAAAAACAAAGGAGGGCUGGUGGUGGUGGUCGGAAACAAACGCGAUCGUUCGAGACACUGCUAUGCUUCGCUAGGCUUGGUUGGAACCUUCCCGCCAAUCGGAACGAGUGGUUCUAGGUGCAGCGCGCCUUGCUUGGAAAGUAUCUGAUGGAAUAUAGCUUGUCGGAAUCAGGGAAGGUUGAGUGUUCCUAAGGUUGCUACGGCCUACAGGCAUCUCCAAUUCAAGUACGCGAGUCGCUCUAGGCCGCUCCACCAGCGCGGUCUUGACAAAUUGCUGUGGGGAGUACCAGACGAGGAAUGAAGGUGGAGACAUCAUGGGUGCAGAGCGAUAGUCGACCGAGAGCACGAGCAAAGGAACUGAGAUGUCUGCGGAAGGUGCGGGAACAUCUUACCACGGGGUGCACAGCCAUGGGUCGGGGACCGCUAGCAAUGCCUCGUGUACGAUCGUCCAGCGUAAGACACCACAUCGAUAAUGCUAAUGUCCCUUGUAGGAGGGUGGUCUGUCCGACUCAGACCUGCACGCGAUGUGGGCUGGGCCCAUUGGGAUUGCCUUGGGGUUGGUACAACUGGAGCCUGGGUAUUUUGAUAGCCCUGAUGUUCUCCACCAUUGUUAAGCCGGCUAAGCGAGCAUGGCUAAGGAGCAACGGUCGUCAGAGUAAUCUAUCGCAAAUAUAUGGAGAAGUUCCCGGUGCAUAUGCCUGGCGCACAUGCUGGGGAGAACAGUACACAGGCUGGACGUGUCCCGUGAAGCAGUGUGUGAGCUAGAACAGCUUUUGUCGUGAGAUUGUAGAGCAUUGCAGAGCCAUGGCUUUCAGCGCGCGGUGACGCGAGACGAACGUUCAG